CCCACCUCGACCAUCACUUACAAAAAAUUGAAGAUCCCGUAAGGCUCUGAUAUACAACAUAUACCAGUGGGGGGUGCACACAAGCGCUCGUCAGCACUGAUCUGAACCAUCCGCCCACCUCCUCAAGGCCCUUCUCACAUCUUUCCCCAAGCGACGCAAACAGCCCCUACAACAAAAUCUUUCGUUAUCCACAUUUUUAAGGAAAUUUCCUGUCCUCGGGCUGCACCUCUACCACGAUGUAUCUGAACCCCAAAAUGGGUUCCCUCUCAAUCCUUUUAUAUGGCUUGAUACUUUCUUUUCAUGUUUCUUCGAAUGUAGCUGCAGUUUCGGAUUGCCCAGAAGCGACACCUUAUCAACUCAAGACCCCACCGCUUACAACUGAUUGGACGGCGAAAGUAGGCAAAUCGCCAUGGCCCGAAUAUCCUCGCCCAUUACUCAGGAGGCAGAAUUGGAUGAACCUUAACGGUCCAUGGCAAUUUAAACCGGCCAAGGACUCUCAAGAAAUCCAAAAUCCACCCUUCGGGGGAUGCGGGUUUGCCAGUGAAAUCCUGGUACCUUUCCCGAUGGAAAGUGGGCUGAGCGGGAUCAUGGAAAAUAGCAUCUACAGCUGGUAUCGUAAAACGUUUGUCGUUCCCAAAGGCUGGUCGGGUAAUAAUGUUUUGGUGAAUUUUGGAGCAGUGGAUUAUGAAGCCACGGUAUUUGUCAAUGGAAAGACUGUCGGAUUCCACAGAGGAGGAUAUUUCAAAUUUACUUUGGAUUUGACUGGCGCGCUCAAGGGGCCGGGUGAAGAAAACGAACUGCUGGUGUUUGUCUAUGACCCAACUAAUUCGAAAGACACAUUGAUCCCUGUCGGCAAGCAAGUUUUGAAGCCUGACCACAUAUUUUAUACGCCUAGCAGUGGGAUUUGGCAAACAGUAUUUCUUGAACCAGUGCCCAAGGAACACAUUCUGGACAUUCAGACCACCGCUCAUGCGGAUGGAAGUGUAAAAAUAAAGGUUUCCACCUCCAACAACGCUUCCAACUCAGAAUUGAAGAUCACUUUAUACAGUCCAAUCAUUUCUUCUGCGGAUUCGCCGCUUUAUCCAAACUCUCUGAGCAGCCCUCUGCAGCAGCAUCAAGGAACAGCCAACACGCUCGUCACUUUCACCGUGCCUUCUCCUCAGCUUUGGUCCCCCACAAACCCAAACCUUUAUCACUUCAAAGUAGAGUUAGGAGAAGAUACCGUUCAAAGUUAUUUAGGCUUCCGGACGAUAGAGAAAAAAAAAGAUGGCAAUGGAAUCGUGCGGCCUUUCCUAAACGGAGAAUUCGUCUUUCAACUGGGCACGCUGGAUCAGGGGUUUUGGCCCGAUGGUCUCCACACCGCUCCAACAUUUGAAGCCAUGACCUACGACCUGAAGGUUCUCAAGCGUUUAGGGUUCAACAUGGUUAGAAAGCAUAUAAAAAUUGAGCCCGAUCUCUACUACUAUGCCUGUGACCGAAUGGGCAUGUUGGUUUGGCAAGAUAUGCCCGCGAUGAACCCCAAUUUGCCAUGGCCAACACCAGAUCAGCAAACCGAGUUCGUCCGGCAACUGAAGUUGAUGAUCACAACCCAUUCAAGUUUUCCAUCAAUAGUCACUUGGGUACUUUACAAUGAAGGAUGGGGACAACUUAGGUCGUCUGAAAUCGAAUUGACGCCAAUGGUCAAAGAUUUGGAUCCCACUCGUCCAGUCCUCUCUGUUUCAGGUUGGAGAGACUCUGGCGCAGGAGACUUUCAUGACAACCACCACUAUCCAUACCCACAGUGCGGCACACCCUUCUAUUCUCUGCCAUCGACACCCUACGAUCCAGCCAGGAUAGGUGUCCAGGGAGAAUUUGGCGGAAUCGGGCACAUCCCAGGCCGUCAAAAUCUGUGGAACGUGCAAAGUCAGAUCGAUACCUUGAAUCAAACCUACGAAAUUGCAUCCAGUAUCGAGAUUUGGAACUACAGAGCCACGCGCCUUGUGGAGGACCUGAGAGAUCAAGCGCAAUUGUUCAGUUGCAGUGGUGGCGUAUACACACAAACCACUGACGUAGAGGGAGAAACCAAUGGAUUGCUCACUUACGACCGCAGGAUUCUGCGACCGGAUCUUGAAAAAUGGCAGAAAAUCACCGCAGAAAUCCAUGCUGCCCCGCAGAAAGCCGCGCCUUUGGGAAACCAAAAACAUAGCCAGUCGAAUUCUCAAUUACCCUUGCCAGCUAGUCAUGAAUUCAGGACUCGGGAAUAGAUCAGAGGUUUCGGUUGUGAAGAUCAGAUAGCACGACACAUCAAGACUAAUACCGCUGCAACAACAUCUUCAUCCUUAUUAAUACCAUCACUCAAAAAUAAACGAUGCUCGUGGACAACCGAUUGAUUACUGAAUACCCAAAUGUACGCUCAUUAAGUGUCUCAAGGAUUUCUCUUUGGGCUUGUUUGACUUGUCAGAGACGAUUCUAAAACUGUUACUUGAAUGAAAUAAAGCAAAAAGUGAAGUGAUAAUUUAAAAAAAAAUGAAAACAAACAGGUGUUUAUCUAAGAACUGUUGUUGCAGAUGCAGGUGCUCCGUCAUGAGAAAUGUUGAUUGGUAUAGACUGGACAUGGUUAUUC